CCACCUCUGUUCUUGGGCAUAUCCCUUCAUCCCUCCAGUUGAAGCUAUGCACCUCGGAGGAAAAACAAGUGGCCUCAUCAAACAUCAAUUAAGUAGAAGACCGAGUACGUUCUCAGUGUCCGCCAAGAACGCUUUAGUCGAAGCGCCGGUUCCCCGGCCAGGGAAGGAACGCGAGGCUCGCGCCCUUAUGGAAACCGUCAUUGUAACUCUCUCCUCUCCUCUUCUCGCAAUCUCGCCAUUCCUCCUCGUUUUCUUCUCCGUACGCCUCCUUUUCUGUGCCGCUCUUUUCUAUCGUCGGGGGUUACUACUCUAUAAGGCCAUUGACCACGACUUCGCUGUUUUUGCCUCUCUCCAGCCUUCUAAUGUGGAGUUCGUUACUGGCGGCUAUGAAUCUAUUUCACCGAUUGGCAAUACUGCUAAACAUGGGAAUGUAGUAUUGGUGGUGCUUGUUGUAGCUUGUCGUUCCUGUUUAUGUGCCUUUACGGGCAUAGCGAUAUACAAGUAUUGGCAAACAACGAGGAAGAGAGAACAAGAUCAGGCAACAUUUCUGAAGCUUUUUGUCAUCUGUAUAGCCAUCCACUGUUUUCUCGUUGUCACAUGCAUUCUAUUCACCGACAAAAGAAUUUUGAAUUUUUGUGGCUGAUUGAAGCGUCUUGACCUCGUACACUUCCUUUUGUUUUAUUCUUUUUUUAGAAAAGAAUACGUAAAUUUAUAAUAAUCUUAACUGUUGGUGCUAUUGCGUUGGAUUUCUGUAUUUCUAUUUUGAAGAACAGUAGCUGCAACUCUAUUUGGUAAGCAGCGUUUUCGUUAAAUGUCAGUUUUCACAUCGUAAUGCACUAUUCCUGGACCAAUUUGUUCUGUGUAUUGUUUACCUAACCUCUGAUAUUUUUAAAGAUGGUAAACAAGGCUCUUGAUCUGCAUAACGAGAAAAGUCGCCCAAGAAAGGCCUUCUCUUUCGAUAAUAGUAACUGUUAAAGGAAGGGUCCGUAUCUCUAAGAACCAGAGUCCUUUAAAAUACAUAGGCAAGAUCCUUUCUCCAAAGAAACGAUGAAGACAAAUUUUCAUGUUUAUGUCUCUCGCGAAGGAUCAGCUUUUCAAACAAGCAUGAAGAAUACUUUUGCAGGUACACAAUGAAAAUUUGCAAAUGAAGCUCCUCAAGCGUUUCUAGACUUCUAGUGAACUUAGCUGCAGGAGCCCUUGCAGAGAUGAACAUGAGAAGGGUAUUUAUAGCAAACAGAGGGAAUGAGAGAGAGUACACUACAGAAGAUUGGACAGAGAAUUGCACUUUACUGGUAGUGGAAGCCUGAUCAGAGACUGAUACAGAAGCAUGUUAUGCGAUAGAGCAUCUUGUGUUUUUGGCUUGCUUUUGCCUGCGUUCCUUCUAACUGAUCCUUUCUGAAUGAGAGAGCAUCAUUAUAUUUCAAUUUAAUCUCACUUAGUUGCCUUCCACUUCUAAGAAUUUUAUCUUGCUCCUCUCUCUUUCUCUCGCUCUCUCUCAUGGAUUUCCUAGUCAUAGUCAUUAAGAGCCAGAAUAUUUUGGAAAAACAGCGCUAUUUAUGCUGAGAUUUGCAGUCUGAGGCUAAAAAGACAUUUGGUCGUGAAAUUGCCAUGAUAUAUUGAGUAAUAAAAUAGUCUCUUGGCAUUCUAGAUCUUACACAUGUAUACGUGGGUGUGUUGAGGUUUAUCUUACUUUUAUCUUGAAUGUUG